UUCCCAGGUUUGUUUUGUUUUGUUUUGUUUUUGUUUUUCUCACAUUCGGGAAGCCUCUCAUCACUCUUUCACUCAUCACUGAGAUCUCCCUCUCUUUUUGUGGGAAGGCAUCACUCAGUCUCGAGCCGGUUUUUCGUGACUAGUGAGGCUGCGGAUAUGUCUCCCGGGUGACCUCUUCUUCUCCCGCAUCGCUGAGCAGGGCCAUGGCGGACCUCAAGCUUUCGUCUCAGUGCUCAUCUUUUCUAUUUUCUCAGAGGACUUCUCCUUCUCUGCCGUUGCUUUGACCCUUCCGUCGUUCGUCUCUUUUCUUCUUCUGGGUGUUUCUCUAUUUCGCUUCACGCCAUGGCGCUGCGUGACAGCCGCGUCGUGAAGUUGGGCUUCUGUGUGGGCGGCGUUAUGUCGACGCUGGUUAUUUAUGGUCUCUUGCAGGAGAAGAUCAUGCGCGCCCCAUAUGGUGGUGUGGACCAGGGCGCUCAAGAAUUCUUCAACUUCCCGCUGUUCAUUGUGUUUUGUAAUCGCCUCCUUACUUGCGCAAUUUGUCUGGGCAUCCUGAUGGUGCGGGGUGGGGAGAUCGCUCCUGUGGCUCCCUUGUACAAGUAUGCGGGCGUCUCAGUGUCCAAUGUCGCUGCGACCACGUGCCAGUACGAGGCUUUGAAGUAUGUUAGCUUCCCGGUGCAAACGCUCUCCAAGUCCGCCAAGAUGGUGCCGGUCAUGAUUUGGGGUACUGCCAUUAUGCAAAAGCGGUACAACUAUUUUGACUAUCUUGUGGCGGUCUUUGUCACUCUCGGGUGCACCAUGUUCUUCCUGUCGGGUGCUUCUCAGCUUGUCCAGGCUGGGGCGCUUCGGCACCCGUCCUCUGGGGAUGACAGUUUGUGGGGUUUGCUGCUAAUCACAGGCUAUCUUGGAUUUGAUGGAUUCACCAGCACGUUCCAGGACAAGUUGUUCAAAGGCUACAAUAUGGAAAUCUACAAUCAGAUCCUCUAUGUCACUCUCUGCUCCUGCGGUCUCAGUAUAGCAGGUCUUUUAACGCAAGGGCACUGGCUUCCGGCAAUAGAGUUCCUUUCACGCCAUCCUGACUGCCUUCUGGACAUUGCGAUGCUGUCUGCCGCGGCUAGCACUAGCCAGUUUUUCAUAUCCUACACUAUUCGCACGUUCGGAGCUCUUGUGUUCGCUACGAUUAUGACCACAAGACAGCUGGUUAGCAUACUGCUAUCGUGCGCAUUUUUUGGGAAUCCUCCGACCGCCCCUCAAUGGGCCGGAGCCAGCAUGGUCUUUGGAGCUCUCUAUUUCAAGACCUACCUGAACUCAAAGAAGUCGAAUCGUCAAGGGCCACCCAAGUCCAGUCUGCCUGUGGAAGGCGGAUCCACCAGCGUCAAUGACGAGAAGGAUCAGCCUGUCAAGCUAGAAAUUGGUCGGAUAGAUCCACCGACUGUCGUUGAGAAGUUGACUGCUUAAUUCCAUUUAAGUAGAGAUCCCACGAUGAUUGUACAUACACGCCUUGGCGAAGAGCCUAGGCAGAGAAAAUCGAUGUUUAGAGCAGUGGCUAGUCUUACAAAUCUUGAUCACCUUCGUUGAAUGGGUCAAGACUAACGAUACCAGGGUUUUGACUCGCAUGUCUCCUCUGGAAGGAUGAUUUACUGAUAGAGCCUCUCUCGGAGGUACAAACAAGAUGCGUGAGCUGCCUGCUUUUUCUUAGGUUUUUAAUGCGCUGCACAUUACCCCGAGGGGUUCACUAUACUAUUCUCAUUCUUAACUCGCCGAGGAGCCGUUGAUUGACUCCUUGUGCGGUAUAAAUCAUGCGAGCUGAUUUUCACGCUCUCAUACUGGUUACGCAAA